CCUGCGUGCUUGCGUUUGUCAGGAAAGCGGUAGAUAUUUCACCCACUGCUCGUGAAUCGUUACGAGUUUCGUGGCUUCAGGUUGGAGGAGAUUGUGGUGGAUCAAAGGUGACGUUUUCCCUCGUACCCAGUUGUAGAUUCGGUGUUUGUGCGUUGGAGCAGUUUUGGGUGGUUCUGUUAGCCAGCGAUGGUGAUCCUGUGGCGAGUGUAGGAUCGGGGAACGAGGAGAGGGCAAUCGACGAGAUUUGGCUCUGUGGUGCGCAUGCAUCGAGGAACUUGCAUUCGAAAGCGGUGCAGUGUUCUCGCGUUUGGUUGGAACUCUGCCGAAAAUUUGAUUGCAACAGGGGAUCGUAGGUUUUGGGCCGAGUCCUUGUGAGUUGGUGUUAGGGAUGCUUGAAUGUUUGUUUAGUGGAUUCUGAACUGGUCCUGCCAGAGUGGACUUAUUUUGCUCUGCCGCUUUUGUGUAGUGAGGCCGUUAAGAGGAUCAUUAUUUUUGGGAGAAGUAAUGCAUGUGGAGUUUUGGAUUCGUUAAGUCGGUUUGUAAACCUCGCAUGUCUUUCUGGAGUGACAACAGUGGCUGUUGUGACUUGUUCUCCACGCCAGAUUGUUGUUGAGCGGCAGGCUGCAGGACUUACUCAGUAUCGGACAUUAGAGUUUUUUUGAAUUUAGAGUCUGAUCAGAAUUUUGAAUCCCUUUUUCUCUGUUCGAGGGAAUUCGAAUUGUGGAGUUAUCUGAAUAAGUAUUUUAAUAGUUUGUCUACUUUUUUAAAGUACUGUACAGUAAAAGUCCUGUUAGAGAACAGGAUUCUGCUGCCCUUCAAUAUGCGAUAGAAUCCAAAGAGAAUCAUUUUACAGCUGCUAGCUAGCCUUUCCUGUAAGUUCAUCCUUUACAUUUUCGUUUGAUCAGUGAUCAAUUUAGAAAGCAGGCUGUACAGUUAUAUUUUUCUGGCGAUGAGUUAAGCACGGAUUGAAGCUUUUGAAGCGGUUCGCCAUUUGAACCUGCAUAAUUCAUUGCUUUGCUCAAGUCAUAUAUUUGUCCAAUAUUGGCUACAAAUGGAGGCUCUUUCUGUUGGCGGAAUUCAUGCGGGUCCAAUUUCUUCAAGUUUCAUUUACAGCAAGCCUGAAAGUCAUUCACCAUUAAAAAAAUCAUCGACAUGCCAAGUUUUUGCUCCAAACUCUUCUUCUUUUCUCGGUUAUAAUCCUUUUCCGAAAGGUCUUCUCUUUUCUUACUUUUUGAAACGCAAGGAAGGACGUUUUGAGAGCAGAAGACCAUCGGCUUUGUUGAAUUCGCAUGAAUACAAAAAACAGAAACUGGAGAAGACACUUCAGAAGGACAUUGAGUCCGGUGUUGAUAGUGACAACGACGAGGACCUGUGUCCAAUUGAAUGUGUUCGCGAGAUCAAUACACUAAAUGAGCUGGAACACGUUGUCCAGGACUCAAAGACUUCGGGUUCCUUAGUCGUUGUUGAUUUCUUUCGAACUUCGUGCGGGAGCUGCCGAUACAUCGAGAAAGGAUUUCAGAAGCUUUGCAAAGGAGCUGGGAAUGGAGAAGCUUCUGUUGUAUUUCUUAAACAUAAUGUGUUUGAUGAGUAUGAGGAGCAAUCUGAUAUAGCUGAGAAAUUCAGAAUUAAGGUUGUGCCGCUGUUCCAUUUCUACAAGAACGGAGAGCUUGUAGAAUCCUUCCCAACCCGUGAUAAAGCGAGAAUUCUAGAGACCAUCUACAAACACUUGGGCGUUGAUCAGACAAUUGAAGAGUGGAGUGACAUUCAUGGCCUCAAAUAACAGAGUUCUGAGCUUGAUUACCUUCCGUGCUUUGUCUUUAACAUUCUGUAAUUUCAUUUAACCUGAAGAAUUAGCUGUGCAAAUGAUGUGCACCUCAUUCAUCCGUGUCUGAUGGCUAGUUACAUGGUGCAUUCGGGUGUUGUUUUAAUCUGUCGCUGCUUUUAAAUGGAAGUUUAAUUUGAUAUUA